CAAGAGGUCGCGAAGCAAGAGAGCCUGCAAUCGCACCAGAUCAACCAGCCCACCACCAACAUGGCUCCCAAGCAACUCAACUUCAUUACCGGAAACAAGAACAAGCUCACGGAGGUGAAGGCCAUCCUGGGCGACACCGUUGACCUGCAGAGCCAGGCUUUAGAUCUGGUUGAGAUCCAAGGCACAAUCGAGCAGAUCUCUGCAGACAAAUGCCGCAGAGCUGCUGAAGCUGUCCAGGGUCCAGUCCUCGUCGAAGAUACGUGCUUAUGCUUCAAUGCGCUGAAAGAGCUUCCUGGUCCUUACAUCAAGUGGUUCCUACAAGAACUUGGUCACGAAGGGCUUAACAAUCUCCUCGCUGCCUACCCCGACAAGUCUGCCCAAGCAGUAUGUACAUUUGCAUAUUCUGAAGGUCCCGGUCACGAGCCCAUCAUUUUCCAAGGCCGCACAGAUGGCAAGAUAGUCCCCGCAAGAGGCCCCACAAACUUUGGCUGGGAUCCAAUAUUCGAGUACGAGGGCAAGACGUACGCCGAGAUGGAUAAGGCCGAGAAGAACAAGAUCUCGCAUCGUUUCAAGGCUUUGGAGAAGCUCAAGAAGUGGCUGGAAGAAUCGUAG